GCGCGGGCGUGCGGGGCCGGACUGGGUCGUGCGGCGCUUGCGCUUCCGCGGGACCCCGGCACCUCCGGCACCGGCCGCGCCUUUCUCCUCUUCCAUCCUCCUCCUCUCCCCUCCUUCCCGCGGCCGCCAUGGUCAACCUGCGGGUGUGCGCGCUGGAGUGCGAGGCGCUGCGGGGGCUGCUGCAGGAGCGCGCCGCGCAGUGCCUCGUCCUCGACUGCCGCUCCUUCUUCUCCUUCAACGCCGCGCACAUCCGCGGCUCCUGCAACGUGCGCCUCAGCACCAUCGUCCGCCGCCGCGCCAAGGGCGCCCUGGCCCUGGAGCACGUCGUCCCCAACGAGGAGCUCCGCGCCCGCCUGCGCCAGGGGCUGGUCCACACCGUGGUGCUGCUGGACGAGCGCAGCGCCGACCUGGAGCUGCCCAAGCGCGACAGCACGCUGCUGCUGGCCCUCGGCACCCUCUGCAGGGAGGCCCGCGGCGCCCGCAUCUGCUUCCUCAAGGGAGGUUACGAAGCUUUCUCGUCCGCCUGCUCCGAGCUCUGCACCAAGCCGGCCGCCCCCACCGGCCUCAGCCUGCCCCUGAGCGCCAGCAGCGCGCCCGGCAGCGCCGACUCGGGGUGCAGCUCCUGCGGCACCCCCCUCUACGACCAGGGUGGGCCCGUGGAAAUCCUGCCGUUCCUCUACUUGGGCAGCGCUUACCAUGCCUCCCGAAAAGACAUGCUGGAUGCUUUGGGGAUCACGGCGUUAAUCAACGUCUCGGCCAACUGCCCCAACCACUUUGAAGGGCACUACCAGUAUAAAAGUAUCCCCGUGGAGGACAACCACAAAGCAGAUAUCAGCUCCUGGUUUAACGAGGCCAUUGAUUUCAUAGACUCUGUUAAAAAUGAUGGAGGAAGGGUAUUUGUGCACUGCCAGGCUGGCAUUUCCCGGUCGGCAACCAUCUGCCUCGCCUAUCUCAUGAGGACCAACAGGGUCAAACUGGAUGAAGCCUUUGAGUUUGUGAAGCAGAGAAGAAGCAUCAUCUCCCCGAACUUCAGCUUCAUGGGGCAGCUGCUUCAGUUUGAGUCGCAGGUCCUUGCCCCCAACUGCUCAGCAGAAGCUGGUAGCCCUGCUAUGUCAGUAUUGGACAGAGGAGCAUCGACCACCACGGUCUUUAACUUUCCAGUCUCCAUCCCUGUUCAUACCUCGUCCAGUGCUCUAAGCUAUCUUCAGAGCCCCAUCACCACUUCCCCGAGCUGCUGAAAACUGGGUGAAAAUAGGGUCAGAACUCGGACUUACUGUCUCAGAAGUGCAAUAACUGCAGGCACAGUGUCAUCAGUCACUUGUGGUUUUGUGGGGAACCAUCCAUGCAUCCUAGAACAGUGUCGUAAACGGAGAGGAGCUCACCUGCUGCCAGAGAACUAGGUGUUACUGACUUUUCUGCCGACUUUUAAAGCCAGUACCUGGAUGUCUACACAGAGAUCAAAGGACACUGUCUCUUCCUGAGCUGUUCCUCCUUGUCUUCUGUCUGUCCUAAGCCUGCUCCAUGUUUAGUAGCAUGCUCACCAGUAUUCCCAUUCCUGGACACUUUGAGCAACACUGAUGCUGUCCCCUUUUAUAUGACAGUCCUAUUUAUUUAUUUUUACAUUAGUGCAUUGGGGUUUUUGCCUUCACAAACCUAAAGUUUCAUUUCUAGAGAAACAAAAUACCUCAGUAUUUUUUGGUACUGUAAUCCUGUGUGUGUAUAUAUCUGUCAGCUCUUCUUGUUUCCCCAAGCACUGACGUGAAAGCACCAGGCGAGUGCUUUUUUGAGUUGCCAAGGGUUGUAUGUUUGCUGAUUUAUUUAUGAUGUGAAAUAAUAUAUUUCUUCUUCUGAAGACAUAGUUUUGUUACAUGAUUAUAACUUUUUUAUACAAACAGAAUAAAUUAUGAUAUUUCUAUUGA